AUGCCGUCUUUCCUCAGAAACCUUGGUAGGAAGAGCAGUCGCAUGUCCAAGAGCGGCGACAGACCAGCAACCGGUACAGAGGGCCAUAAUGGCAACGCCGUAACCCGCCGCGUUUCCGCUUCUACUGUGAACUCUUCACAAGUCGGCUCGUCGUCGCCUUCUACUACCCCAGCCACCUCUACCACGGACGAAGUCAACACCCAAACCAAAGACCUCACCAAUGGCCCUACGCCUGCGCCUGCGCGACCUCAGCGACCGACUGUCGACCCUGUGAAACGCUACAGCAUCAAUGGCUUAGCAUCGCCAACCUCGACCGGCUCCAACAGCUCGUUUAAUAGAUCAUCGCUCCUCGCGCCGCGCGUCUUGUCCGUCUCGGAUAACUCAUGGGUACACCAACAGGUACUGCUGAUAUUCGGUCAGGUUGGAGAGGCACAGAGCAAACCGCUGGACGGCACACUCACGGUUAAUCACCAUCAGGGCCGCUUCCCAUCUACUUGCUGGCCGGUACACGAUUCCUACUUCAAAGCCUUGGUGCACCUGGAGCCCGGCUGCAACAGAAUUCGACUCGACUUCGCCUCGCCCAAGGUCUCUUCGCUAAACACCUCGGUGUCCGCUCAUGCUUCUUUCAUCAACAUUAAUUACCUCCCAUUGUCGCAAUCGCCGCCCCUACAGCUUGCAAUCAUAUUGGGUCAUGAUUCCCCAGGUACAUACGACGCUCCACCCGAGCGCAUCGAGCGAGAAGGAAAUAGCCUAGAACUUGCGACCAAGAAGUUCCGUAUGGUUGCAUACCUUUGGCAAGCCUUUACUGGCGAACAGAUGAAGCGAUAUGGAUUCGGCCGACGCUGUUUUCGUUUCGAAGACGCUUGGGAGCCUGGAACGCUAAGCUAUCAAGAUUGGGAGCAGAACCAAUACCGAACGCAAGCAAAGAUUCAUGUCAUCCGCUCACGGAAAUCUGUUGCAGAGAUACGCGAUCUGGAACGCGCCCAGCAGUACGGCCCAGGAACCAAGAAAAACGAGCUUUUCGACAUUGCCAUAGAAGCCUGUAGAGACUAUUUCCCCAUGGUACCCGGUCAGAAGCAUUACGUCGCCUGUCUAUUUCUCGAUACACAUUGGGACACAAAAGAGAAGACAGUCCGAGGACAUGCGGCUCUAGGCGGAGGAACUGGGGAUUUACAGCUGGCCAUCUUCGGCUCUCAUGCGCUUCACAGCUACCCAUCAAGCAUCGAAGAAGUUUUCCAAGCUUUCCAAGAUUGCACAAAAACCGAUACUUCAUUUGUCGCGAAUGACUGCAACGAGUCCGGAAGCAAUUGGGAAGCUGCCAACAUAGGAAUUGGCGCCCAUCUCCAUGAGACAGGGCAUCUCUUUGGUUGUCCUCAUCAGGAGUCGGGUGUAAUGUUACGCGAUUACGUUACGUUGAAUCGCACCUUCACCUGCCGAGAACCUUACUCAACACGCACCAAAUCAUCUGGCCAGCGGCUAGUCCUCCCAAACGAUGAGUGCAGAUGGCACAAACUCGAUGUAUUACGUUUCCGAUUCCAUCCUUGUUUCCGGAUACCUAUCGAUAACCCAAACGUCAACGGAGAUGGCAGUGUGCAAGUGUGGACGGUUGAUAUUAGUCAAGGCGGCGUCAUCGCGACCUCCAAAUCGGGCAUCGCUUGGGUCGAGCUUUACACGGAAGGAGAGGAGGUCUGUCACCACUGGAAAGAGUUUCCUGAGCAGGACAACCAGUAUCCACGACAGGUUACACUGGAAGAAGGCACGCUUCGUUCCCUAUUACCCAAAGAGAAGCAGAAAUCGCGCUUGAAGCUCGAGGUAUACUCUGCUGGUGGAGGCAAGCACGUUGUUGAGGAUUUCAGUCAGCUUUCCAACCAAAAGAAUGCCCGUGUCAAGAUACCAGAUGGUCGAUGGGGUUACCGCGGCGGCAAACUAGGUUACUCGCAGAUGGAGGGUUCACAGCCACAGGAAGUGAUAUUCGAUUACGUUCACAUCCAGACCAAGCUUUUACUCAGCAUCAAAGUUUACCAUGGUUUCGCCAUGGAUGGAUUAGAGUUCGUGUAUGAAGAUACGGAUACCCAACUCUUCGGCAAGCGAGGAGGCAGCAUGUCUGAAUUUGCACUAGAUACGCGAAAAGGAGAGCUGUUGCUGGGCUUUUCUUUACGCGCCGGACUAUGGAUUGAUGGCCUACAGAUACUAACAAGCUUGGGAAGGAAGAGCGAAUGGUACGGAAACCCGAAUGGUGGCAGCGGGCACACGCUCAUUCCUCCUCGCGGCUACACCAUCGGUGGCCUAUCUGGCUCCUGCGCACAAUGGCUUGACGGGUUCUCGCUGAUUAUUACGCGGUGA